AUGGCUCCCAAGAAAUCCCGCACCGCCGCAAAGGAACCCCGCGGCCGCCCCCGAACCACAAGGGCAAACUCCACCCCCAAGCGCAAUGCUCCGCAACUCAGAAACUCGAAGCCCAAAAACCCGAAGAUCAAGCAGACACCGAGCGCCAGUGCUUGCCCCAUAGCAGCGAAGAUCCAGUCAGCAGCGGCCUGUCUCGCAGCGCUGCAGGACAAGUUCGACGAGAUGCACUCGGAGAUGAUCGCUCAUAUCGCCAGGUUGAAUACGUUGGCCUCGAAUGUGAAUGAAGCGUUGGCGGUUGGGUUGACCGUCGAAUUACCUGAUAAGAUUUUGGAUGCGGAGGAGAAGAUGUUGGAGGGAUUUAGGGCUAUGGCGGUGGGCGUUGCUGGGCAGUUGGGUGAGAUUCAUGGUUUGGCGGAUGAGGAUGAUAUGGUUGCGGAUGAGAAGGAGGAUGAUCCUGCUGCUGAGGUGGUGGGUGAGAUGGACGCGGAAUAUGAGCUUGAAGAAGCGGAGGAGUUCGUGGAGUAUUAG